AUGCCUCGACGGUCGGCCGAAUUGGUUUCUGCCGGUGUUGAUCCUGCACCGAGGAGAAGAUCGACUAGGCUUGCGUCGAGAGAAAACGUGGAGAGGAAGCAUCAUCAUCAUCAUCAUUAUCAUCAUCUUGAAAGCCGAGAGGAAGAAGAAGAGGAAGAAGAAGAAGAAGAAGAAGAAGAAGAAGAAGAAGAAGAAGAAGAAGAAGAAGAAGAAGAAGAAGAAGAGGUCGGAUUAGAGUCUGCCGGGGAAAGAAGACGAGACGGCAACAACAGCUGGGAAGGGGAAGAAGACGAGGACCCGGAAGCGGCCAGUGUUUACCCUGCUUCUUCAUCACCCUCGGAAAGACAUCUAUCACCACUUGAAGACGAACAGCACGUCUCGGGACUUUGA